AUGCCUACGGAGUACACCGAGAUCGCUCUUGCAGUCGGAUACAUCCAUUUGCUGCCCUUCUUCCUCGGCGUGAAAAUUCAAGCCGUGGAUUCAAAUGCCGCGCGUAAGCCCAAGACUUCCACCGGAGAGGCCGAUAUCGCAGGUCCAAGGUCUACUUACCUACCAAGCUGGGCGAUGAAAAGAAGUCAGACCGAAGUGAGCAAGCCACUGAACGUCGUAAGCCUGACACCGCCUGUUGAUAUAGAGUUGAUGAUCGGCGUUAAACCCAGACAUUUCUUCACAUCUACAGACAAAGUGGCGUGUAGAAGUUCCAUAAAAUUAGUAAUAUCUGGUAUCAGUUACCGUCCCUAG